AUGGCGUCCUCAUCCAACUCCGACGAGACGAGUUACGUCAAGAUGGACGAUACCAAAGACGGCUUCGACGCGCAAUUGGUCGGCAAACACUGCGAGUACGACUACUGCAACCAACUCGACUUCCUACCCUUCUUCUGCCAGAGCUGCAAGAAAACUUUUUGCCUCGACCACCGAUCCGAGACCGCUCACAAGUGCAAUAACGCCGGUGCCUGGGCUGAGCGCCGACGCCAAGCGGAGCUUGCGAAGCCCGCCUACGGCCAGGGUCGUCAACUGCGCGACCACGUCUCCCAGAAGCCCUGUGCCUCGCCUUCCUGCAAGACCACCAUUGGCACCUCUCUUGUACCCGGCGUACACUGCCCAGGCUGCAAUCGCGACUACUGCCUAAAGCACCGGCUGAAGGAGGAUCACGACUGCAAGAACCUCGUUCCGCUCGGUGCCCGUCCUGGAUCGCAGAUCGACGUCGCAGCGCGGACUAGGAGCGCGUUCGACAAGUUGAAGGCCUGGGGAACAGCGAAGAAGGAGCAGGCCGGCAGGGCGCUACCGAAACCGAAACCUACAUCUGCGUCUGCCCGACUGAUAGCGGUGAACAACCUCAAGAAGACUGCCAAGGGCGACGACAAACUGCCUCAGGAGAAGAGAGUAUAUUUGUACGUCGAGGCCGAGGCCGAGACCGCCAAGGCCAAGUUCCCUAAAGGCGAAUUCUUCUUCUCCAAGGAUUGGGUGGUUGGGAGAGUGCUUGACGAGGCAGCGAAGCGGCUACAAGUGGAGAACCUUAACAACCGAUCGUCAGAUGAACGAGACAAGCUGCGUGUGUUCCACGUGGAGGGGGGUAGAUUGCUGGAAUUCAACGAGAAGGUCGGGGCAUCACUGGUUAGUGGCAACACGGUCGUCUUGCUGCGCGGCGUUGGCCCUCCGCCCAACCUAAUAGAGGUUUAA